AUGGCGGAGUUGAUCUCCACGAGUCCUCGUGGGAAGGCAUCGGGCCGCUCGGCGAGCGGCCACAUCCCCAGGUUUUCAUGUCGAUCAUGGAAGAAAGAAGACAAAGAGAGCACCGAGAAUACGAGAACAAGCAUCAUUGGGGAUUGUAAUCCAAACCAGACGAGAAGGCGAAAAGAGGCCAGCUCAGAGUUCAGUGGCCGUGACCCAAGUGGUAAAAGGCAUGGGUUCCCUUUCACAGCACACGCCCCUGGACCCGUUGUCUUGGAAGAAGCGAAGGAGAGAUUGGCCAGGACGGCACGAGCAAAGCGCACAACGGCUCGAGGAAAUCUCCCCCAGAUGCCAAGGCGCAACGUUUCAUUGACGAUGCCCGUGAUCGAUCCAGGCCGGCGUAGAAGAGGUGAGGUCAGCGGCUUCCGAGCAGCUUCGAGAGAGGAUCUUCGGGGUCAGAAGCACCUGGGCGUCCCCGCGAAGGAGACAAGCGCUCCAGGGAUGGUCACUGCAGUCGCCACUGGCGCUGUGGAGCAGAGAGGCCGAGGUACCAUCCAGGCAUGUGUGCUCACUGCUCAGGAGGUGGUGAGCGAGAAGAAGAGAAGAAGAAGAAACGAUGAUGGCGGACUCUGGUUGUUGUGGUCAGAACAUCGAGGGAGGAGAACGCAGGACGUCUGA